UGCAACCUUAAAAACAGGGCAAGUCGGCAGAAGUUUCUGUUUGUUGUCGCACUGGUGGAAAAUGGAGGCGGAGAAGGAGAAGCCGGAAAUCGUGUGGAAGGCGGAGAAGCUGGUGGCUGCGACCAUGGGAGAGCGCGACGCGUCCCACGACGCCGCCCACGCAUUUAGGGUGCGCGGCCUCGCCCUCUCCCUCGCCAAAGAAGAGGCCUUGUCUGGCCCCUCCUUAGAAAUAGUGGAACUUGCUGCUCUUCUUCAUGACAUAGGAGAUUACAAGUACGCCAAGGAUUUGACUGAGGAUACCACCACUGUAGAGAAGUUUCUUGAGGAAGAGGGACUAGAAGAAAGAAAAAGAGAAAAGAUUCUUGCUAUCAUUAGGCACAUGGGAUUUAAAAAUGAAGUUGCAUCUACAUCAUCUCCUGAUUCUUCUCUAGAAUUCUGCAUUGUUCAAGACGCUGACCGACUUGAUGCAAUUGGUGCUAUUGGAAUUGCUCGGUGUUUCACAUAUGGUGGAAGUAAGAACCAUAUACUCUACGAUCCUGAGAUACCACCAAGGCAGGGUUUAACAAAAGAGAAGUAUAUGAUGAAAGAUGGAAAACAGACUUCAGUAAAUCAUUUUCAUGAGAAGCUUUUCAAACUGAAGGAUUUGAUGAAGACAAAGGCUGGCAAAAAUAGAGCAGAGAAAAGACACAAGUUCAUGGAGGACUUCUUAGCAGAGUUCUACGAGGAAUGGAGUGGGAGCUCUUGAACUGCUAUUCUCCUGUGGUACUUUGUAUACCUCUGGUUUGAAAAUACUGCAGAUCGAUACAAAAAUAUUGUAACUAAUUUUUUUUUGGAGUUGAAUUCUAUAUAUGAAAUUCUAUACCUGAUAUUGUUGCCUAGAGGAGGCUAAAUUUUGUUAGGCUAUGGUGAAUGUAUCAUAUUCA